UAUCCGAGCUUGUGACGAAAAUUAAGAGAUCGCAGACUGCAGAUUUGUUAUAAUUUUUGGUCGAAAUCGUGACGAAAGUGCGGCUUUUGCAACCCUUAAUUUGUUGCAAUUGAGAUCCGAGAUCAACGUAAAACGUUUCUUGAAUUUCCGUUGCAGUCUCUGAUAAAAUAAUUAAAGAACGAAUUGAAAAGUAUAAAAACGAUCUUUUUGUCAUUUCAAAUAACAGCAAAAUUAAAAGUGAAGCAUUUUAAUCUUUGUCUGGUAUCCUACUUUCUCUAUAAUCUAGAAAAAAAAGCAAGAAUUAAAUCGUUUAGUGCAAUUUUAAAGAAGUUAUUUCGUUUCAAAAGGUGUACGGAGACUUUAUACGCUGACUGUACUUGCCCCGUUGGCCAUGUAUUUACCGACAAAAGUUAAGAAACAUGUUACACAGACGUACAUUCUUGGGUGCAGCGAGCCUUCUUAACGUGGAACAAAGAUUUGUAUUGUGUCAAUGAAAAUACUUAAUGGCAGCGCUGAUCUGUUCAGCUUCCGGCACGUUGCCGUCGUACAUAAAGCCAUGCAAGAAGAACGAUCCUAACAUCAACGCAUGCGUGACGAAAGCGAUCGACCAGCUUCGAGAUAGAUUGGCAGCGGGAAUUCCAGAACUUGAAGCGCCCGCCAUCGAGCCUUUGAACUUGAAGGAAAUUCGACUGUUGAGGGGACCGAUCGGAGCACGGCUCGACGUAAAUCUCACGGAUCUGAAGGUAUCAGGCCCGUCCACGUUCAAGGUCCACAAUCUGAAGGUCGACGUCGAGAACUUGAGAUUCACCUUCAAGGUGUCCUUCGAAAGGCUAGUCUUUCAGGGCAAGUAUCAGAUCGACGCGAGGAUUCUUCUGCUACGGUUGGCUGGCGCGGGAGACCUGUCAGGCACCUUCGACGACUACGACUCCGACGUCGUGUUGCAAGCACGCAAGCUGCUGAGAGACGGGGACACGUAUCUGACAUUCGAGAGGAUGAAGAUCAAGAUAAACAUCGGCAAAGCGGAUCUACACUUGAGCAAUCUCUUCCGCGAAGACUCGAUUCUAAGUACCGCUAGCAACGAACUAUUGAAUCAAAACAACGCGUUACUGUUGGACGAAAUAAGACCAGUGCUGGAGACCUCAUUGGCCGAGCUGUUCACAGACGUGGCCAACAAGGUCACGAAGUCCUUCACCUUGAAAGAAUUGUUCCCGGAAGAUUAACGUUUCUAGAAAUAAUACUGUAGCCUCGACAGUCUCUUAGUUUAUUAAAUCAAUAACAUUCCAUGGUUGCCAGUAUGCGUAAACGUGUCAAAUUCAUUUGAUGCUGUUGCAUAGAGAUGCCUUUGUCUCGAGCACAGCCAGAUCUUGAAAAGAAAAAAUAAACAUGUUUUCACGAUUUUAAAAAAGAUAAUCGAUCUGUAGGAUAUUAAUAAUAUUAAUAAAUUGUCGUAUAUAAGUUAUGUGUAAGCGAUGAGUUAUGUGCUUCGCUAUAAUAUCUGCUUUUAAUUUAAUAAGGGGCACGCGUUUAACAAUUUUUGUAAAUUUAUAUAUUUAUGUAUUUAGUUUUAUAAAUUUAACGGAGACAUUCACUUUU